AUCAGCUUGUGCAAAGCGUCCUAAGCUGACGUCAGCCCGGUACCGAUGAACAACCGGUAGCGUUGAAGAGAUCUUUGCGGGAUACAGAUGUUUGUAGCGUUUUGCCGAUACUUAUAUCAGUUAAACGUCAAAACAUCAACAUGCCUUUCGAUGUAAGGAGAUUUGAUAUCUACAGGAAAGUGCCAAAAGAUCUCACCCAGCCCACAUACACAGGCGCUUUCAUUUCCAUCCUCUGCUGUGUCUUCAUACUCUUCUUGUUCCUGUCUGAACUGACGGGAUUCAUAGCCACUGAAAUUGUAAAUGAACUCUAUGUGGAUGAUCCUGAUAAGGACAGUGGUGGGAAGAUAGAUGUGAGUUUAAACAUCAGUUUGCCAAACUUACACUGUGAUUUGGUGGGUUUGGACAUCCAGGAUGAGAUGGGCCGCCAUGAGGUUGGUCACAUUGACAACUCCAUGAAGGUCCCUUUAAACCACGGCGCUGGCUGUCGCUUUGAGGGAGAGUUUACCAUCAACAAAGUACCAGGAAACUUCCAUGUUUCCACACACAGUGCCACCGCGCAGCCACACAACCCUGACAUGACCCACACCAUCCACAAGCUGGCGUUUGGGGAAAAGCUUCAGGUACAAAAAGUACAAGCUGCCUUCAACGCACUGGGAGGGGCCGACAAGCUCUCAUCCAAUCCUCUGGCCUCACACGACUACAUACUGAAGAUUGUGCCCACAGUGUAUGAAGAUCUCUCAGGCAGACAGAGAUUCUCCUACCAGUACACAGUCGCCAACAAGGAGUAUGUGGCUUACAGCCAUACGGGCCGAAUCAUCCCAGCCAUCUGGUUCAGAUACGAUACGAGUCCAAUCACAGUCAAAUACACAGAGAGGAGACAGCCCUUCUACCGCUUCAUAACAACAAUCUGUGCCAUCGUCGGAGGGACGUUCACAGUGGCGGGCAUCAUCGACUCUUGCAUAUUCACUGCCUCGGAGGCCUGGAAGAAGAUCCAGAUCGGGAAGAUGUCAUGAGGAUCACUGAUCCCCCGCUCCUCCCCUCCCCCCAGCACAUCUUUAUUUAUAAGUACAAAGUUGCUAGCCCGUUAGCUAAAUCUAGUUCUGCCCCAAACAACUUCCUUGUGGAGAUUUUAUGACUCUGACCAAUGAAGUCACUCUGGCACCCGAUGUAACCACCAGGCCUUACGCCACCGCCGCGUCUCAGUUACUGAAGUUCUUCUCAGGCUCCACGCCGUGACGCGUGGACACGGACUAUCACAUGUCCACUUCCUGCUUUAACAGAACCACCGAGGAGGAGAGGAGAGCCAUUCAGCUGCAGUGGAGAUAAAGUGCAACGUAUUGUGUGUCAGGGUUCCACUGGUGUGGGUGAAGGCUGGUAAUUUUAGAAUGAAGGGGAGAAAAAAAAAACCCAAGAAAAACAAAAAACAAGAAGCUGGUGUCUGUGCUGACAUUUAAUGAUUUAAAUGUGACACUGUGUCUCUGUGUUUUCAAUAUGAGGGAACAUUUAAUGUCAUGGUUUCAAUUGUCUUUAAUACCAAAAUGCAUUAUUUACCAUUUCCUACUUUUAGACCGGUGGAGUGGUGGAAGAGAAAAUCACUUUAAUUUUGCUGUGUUUACUUUUCUAAGAAAUCUUUAUUUGAAGGUAGUGAUUUUUUUUCUGUAUUGUAUUUUGGGUUUGGUCUAAAAAAAAAAGGUUUUCAUUUGUUUCCUGCCUUUUUAUUAUGCAGUAUUUAGACUGUGCCUUUGGUUUACUCCGUCUUGAAGGAUCCGUCUUGAUUCAGUCUGUUUAAUUUGAUAUCAGUGGCUGACACUAAAACCAGUCUUUUUUGGUUCUUAAUUGAUAAAUCCAUAGUAUUUGUAGCAAUGGUUUCUGGGAUAGUUUGUUUUCUUUUAUUACAGGAAGCAAUGGCCGAAAUGCAAAACUGUCUGUCUGAAAUUUUUUGUCUUUUUUAUUUCUGGCUAAUCUUGAAAAUACUUUAGAUCAACAAUAAAUAGAUGGAUGAGGGAUAAAAAAAAUGUGUUAAGCCUAACAGCACUGUGUGGUAGUAGCAUUACUUCUGUAAAAUACUGCAAUGAACUGAAAUAUGUUACAAAUACCACUUAUAUCCUGUAGGUAUUAGGUUAUUUUGGCCGCAGAAAAUACUGGAAUUAUGAUUGAAAAAAAUAUAUUUCUUUUUUCAAUGCCAAAGUACAUGUUAUUAUGAAUGUAGUUUUUAUUUUCUGGUACUUGUAUGUACUAUCAAGGAUUAUUUUAUGUUGGGCGUAAGUGUUGUUUUUGUUGUUGUUGUUGUGUUGUUGGGAGAUAGUACUACUGUGUGCAACUCUAUGGUGGAGGAGUGUAAGAACUAGGGAAGGUCAGUACUGGUGUUUCCUCCGUAAAGGCUCGACCGUCGUCUGUAGUGAUGUGUUCAUCAAAUAAAGGCUCCGUAGGAGAAACCGA